AAAUAGAUGGGCGGGUAGGCACGGAGCGCGCCGGUUGCCUCGCCUUGACACCCUCCCGCGCACCAGGAGGCGGUGGAGGCUUCUGAAGGCAUCUUGCUGUGGGCGAGCGUCCGUCCCUGGACCCUCCUCCCGCCCUUGCCUCUACUGCAGUUCUUCGCAGCGGGGAGGCUUCUACUGCUCCCCACCCAAAGCAGCCCCUGCCUGACCCAGCAACGUCCCCCUGAAGAGUGACAUCACCCCUAUCCAAUCAGGGCUUGACGCUCCCCCAAAUCCCCCGUUGGCCCCGAUCGGCUCGGCUCGCCCAGGGCCCUCUGCAAAGGCAGGGCAGUUGCCAAGGGCCAGCCUGACAGGCAGGAGGAGGGCUGGUGGGGCGCUCCCAGGUGUUUGCAGCUGAAGCCAGAAGCCUCCAGCUGACAGUCCAGCUGCACGGCAGCCAGCACAGGUAACUAUAGUGGGCGGUAGCAUCUGAGAAUCAUCUGCUGUUAUUUAGUAUCUGAAGUGCACUGCGAAAGGACAGAAGUCCUUGUGAAAUAAACACAUCUGAAGAUGAAGCUGCAGCCUUUAAUCAGUUAUUUUGUUGCAAUCUGUUCCUUCUUUUUUCUGGCAGGGCUGAGGUGCUGCAGUGCUGUGCGACAUUCUGUACUUGAUGCAUUCCAAGGGCAUAGAGUUCACAUGCAAGAGGAAUUAAAAGGAUAUGGGCCAAUUUUUGAAGAGCAACCCAUUGACACAAUCUACCCAGAAGAGUCCUCAGAUGGAAGAGUUUCAAUGAAUUGCAGAGCCAGAGGAAUCCCUGCUCCCAUUUACAAGUGGAAACUAAACAACUGGGAUAUUGAUAUUACAAGGGGGCGCCACCUUAUGGUAGGAGGUAACUUGGAAAUCACUAACCCUGAGAAAUCAAGGGAUGAAGGAAUAUAUGUCUGCAUAGCAUCCAACAUACAUGGAAUCAUACGGAGUCGAGAAGCAAAUCUAAAGUUUGGAUAUUUAAAUACAUUUACUCCCGAAGAGAGACAUGAGGUAAAAGUUCGGGAAGGUGUGGGUGCAGUGCUUCUCUGUGACCCCCCACGUCAUUAUCCAGAUGAUCUGAGUUACCGUUGGGUUCUGAAUGAUUUCCCUGAAUUUAUUACUUUGGAUAAACGACGAUUUGUUUCUCAGACAAAUGGCAACCUCUACAUAGCAAAAGUUGAAGCAUCAGAUAAGGGCAACUACUCUUGCUUUGUGACCAGCAACUCAAUAGCUAAGAGUGUGUUCAGCAGUUUCAUUCCACUUAUUCCCCAACCAGAUCGUACGAAAGGUUAUCUGCCAGAUAUCAGAGUGAAGUUCAAAGAUACCUAUGCACUUCUAGGGCAGAAUGUGACACUAGAGUGUUUUGCACUUGGAAAUCCUGUUCCUGAGAUUAGAUGGUCUAAGUAUCGUGAACCCAUGCCAACCACUGCUGAGAUAAGUGUGUCUGGUGCAGUUCUCAAGAUUUUCAAUAUUCAGUUUGAAGAUGAAGGGACUUAUGAAUGUGAAGCUGAAAAUCACAAAGGAAAGGAUAAACAUUCAGCAAAUGUUUAUGUUCAAGCGAUGCCAGAAUGGGUAGAACAUAUCAAUGACACAGAGAGAGAUUUGGGAAGUGAUUUACACUGGAUUUGUACAGCUGCUGGCAAGCCGAUUCCAACAAUCCGGUGGUUGAAAAAUGGAUUACCGUACUGGAAAGGAGAACUGAGACUUUAUGAUCUGAAGUUUGAUGAUGCUGGGAUGUAUCAGUGUGUAGCAGAAAAUGUACAUGGAAUCAUCUAUUCAAAUGCUGAACUGAAAGUUAUAGUUUUACCUCCUACAUUUGAAUUCUAUCCCAUGAAGAAAAAAGUCUUAGCUGCUAGGGGAGGUCACGCUAUAAUUGAGUGCAAGCCUAGAGCUGCCCCUAGGCCAAGGAUCACAUGGAGCAGAGGGACAGAAAUUCUUGUAAACUCCACCCGGAUGCGUAUUUGGUAUGAUGGAAGUCUGGAAAUUAUUAAUGUCACAAGGACUGAUGGAGGCAAUUAUACAUGUUUUGUAGAAAACAACAAAGGAAAAGCUAAUGGUUCCUCUACUCUUGUAGUCACAGAUUCUACAAGGAUUAUUUUAGCACCGACUAAUGUUGAUGUCACUGUUGGAUACAAUGCUACCAUGCAGUGUCUGGCAGACCAUGAUCUCACUUUGGACCUGACUUUCAUUUGGACACUUAAUGGAUACCCAAUAGAUGUUGAUAAAGAGAGUGAUCAUUAUGAAAGGAGCAUCAUGAUAAAGAACAAUGGUGAACUUAUAGUAAAAAAUGCACAACUGCGACAUGCUGGAAGAUAUACAUGUGUUGCUCAGACAAUUGUUGAUAAUGCCACAGCUUCAGCUGAUCUUGUUGUGAGAGGACCUCCAGGACCUCCAGGAGGACUCAGAAUUGAAAAUAUUAGAAACACAUCUGUAGUUAUUCUGUGGAGCCGGGGAACAGACAAUCACAGUCCUAUUUCAAAUUACACUAUCCAGUCAAGAACCCCUUUUCAUGAUGAUUGGAAGGAUACCAAAACAGAUCCAGCAAUAGUUGAAGGAAAUGUGGAGUCAGCCAAGUUGAUUGAUUUAAUUCCAUGGAUGGAAUAUGAAUUUCGGAUAAUGGCUACUAAUACUUUAGGGACAGGAGACCCUAGUAUACCAUCAAAGAAAAUUAGGACAGAGGGAGCUCCUCCCAAUGUGGCUCCUUCUGAAGUUGGAGGAGGGGGUGGCAGAAAUCGAGAACUGACUAUAACAUGGGUGCCUUUGCCAAGAGAGUAUCACUUUGGUCAUAAUUUUGGAUAUAUCGUAUCAUUUUCACCUUUCAACGAAAACUCUUGGAAGAGAGUUAAAGUUCCUCAGUCAGAUGCUAGUCGAUAUGUCCACAAGGAUGAAUCGAUGCUCCCUACCUCAAAGUAUCAAGCAAGAGUGAGAGCAUUUAAUAACAAAGGGGAAGGACCUGAUAGUAUCACUGUUUCCAUUACCUCAGCAGAAGAUGCUCCCACCGAGCAACCAAAAAGAGUGGAUGUAAAAGUCAGAUCAGCCACUGAAGUCACUGUUAUUUGGCAGCAGGUUAUCCAGCAGAUUGAUGGAUAUGAGAUCCGCUACUGGCCUGCUAAUGAAAAAGAUGUGACUGCAAACAGAGUACAAGUGAGCAAUCAGAAUUUCUCAGUGAGGCUGGAAAACCUGAAGCCUGACACACGAUAUGCCGUGAGAGUGUUUUCCUUUAACAGUGCAGGCUUUAGCCCUCCCAGUAGUCAAGUAUACUUCACAACACAAAAAGCACCUCCAAGACAAAAACCAAAAAUUACCAGUUAUGUAAAAUCUGGUUCAAAAUACAUCAUCACCUGGGACCAUGUCAGGUCAGAUUCUAAUGAAUCGGAUGUGAAAGGAUAUAAAGUGCUUUAUAGACCGGAUGGCCAGUAUAAUGGUACACUGGUUACAACUGGUAAGCAUUAUAUAGAGGUUCCUGCUCCUGUUAAGGGUCAAUAUGUUGUUGAAGUUCGAGUGCACAGUGAUGGAGGUGAUGGAGAAGUAGCUCAAGUAAAAAUUCCAGGAGCUGCUUCUGGAAUAUCAUCUAAUUAUCUUGGUUUUUUGCUGCCUAUCAUUGGCAUCCUUGCCUAUUUGGAAUUCUGAAUGUAGCUGGAAUUAUCUUGUCUUCAACUUAGGGCAGAGGACCUUCCAACUUGAGAGGAUUGCAGUUCUUUUUAUUAUUAUUAUUCCUGUGGCACCAUCCUGAGCCAAAAAAAUUUCCAAGCAAGACCCUUCUGACUUAACUAUGGACUUCUAACAGAAAAAAAGAGACUAAGGCAUCCAGGAACUCCUUCAUCAAGCAACUCAACUUUUGGAAGUUUGAGUAAUGAUUUUUAACUUGUUCCCGUGAUGCCUUAUAUAGCACUUUGUGCUGAUCUGCAACUGUUGCAUGAUUUGGUCCAAUGGGGCAAGUUACAGUGUUAAAAUCCAAUAAUAUAAGCUGUACAGUGAAAAUAAAAUCACCAUACAUAGGUACUUUACCUUUAUUAACAAAUUGUGAAAACAUAAUAGAGAUUGAAAUGUUGAUUGUAUGUGGUAUAUGUAGGAGUAACUACGUCUGUCCGUACUAUCCUAUCUGUUUUGUGUACUACAUAUUUUGAAAGGCCCCAUCAUUUAUGACAUUUUCAGGUUUUUAGAGAUACAGUCAAAGCAAAAACAUUUCAAUUCUUCUUUCUGCGGCUUUUCUUCUUGAAGUGACUAAAUAUUAGCAGAUAACAUCAAAAGCCAAGUUUGUCAGCAAUGGACUUUAUUUUAGAUGAACUUAAACAAGUUAAUGCUGAAUAUUAUGAGUAAAGAUUUUUCCCAGCACCUUAGUUUUACUCCUGUAUGUCAUUUUAGAAAAGAUGCUAGGCAAGUCAAGUAUGAUUUUCCUCAGCCACAGAGAUAAUAUUUUUGCUGUAUGAGUAAUAUUAAAAUAGCUAUAUAAGCAAAUUUACUUAUAAUAUUUCAUUGUAUCCAGGGAUAUUGCUACAAUUUAAGUAAAUUCCACUUUUAGCAUUAAUUAUUGGACUUGAAUUCCCAUGUUAUAAGCCUCCAAAUAUUUGUUAGCCAAUAGGAUGACCUGGUAAAAAAUUGAAAAAAAAAAUUCCAGUGUAGCAUCAAUAUUAAAAUGUAUAGAGUAUUUAGCUUUUUAAAAAAACUUGGGUCACUUAUAGUAAUAACAGAUAUGCAGUAAGAAGACAAAAGAGCACAUAGCAAAAAUUGUCCUGAGAUUUAUUUUUUUGCAAUGCAAAUAUUGCCUUACUUCAGAGAAGGUCAACCUUUAGGAGAAUGAUUUUCAUUUUCCAAUAAAUUGAUAUUGUUCUACAUUCUAUAGCUGUAAAUAAGAGUUAUAAAAUUCUAAAUGAUUUCCCUAUUUAUCAUUUCCAAAAAAGAAAGAUGUUGUGAAAGUCCAAGCAAAUCUCAGCUGUUCUUGCUACUUUUAGAUAUUCAUUCUAUAAUUUGCAGUGCUGGAAUUCCAAUAGGAAGUACCAGAAUGUCUUUGUUCUGACUGUGUCUGUAUUGUAUUUAAAGUUACUAAAGAGAAAUACAUAUUUCUUUCAGAAUCCAUAGUUUGCUGGGAAUUAGGUGUGAAUGUUGAAUACAAUAACCCCAGUGAUAUUGAAUCAGCUGGCUCAAGUAAUAGUGCAAUGUCUGAUGCUUCAGAACUAUAAGCUUUGAAUCAUAUUUUAUUAGCACAACCUUGCUAGCAAUUUAGAGAUAGACUUUAACUUUUUAGGUCUAAUGAUAUUGUAGAUGUCCGUAAGAAUGCUAUCUACAUGAAAUGAGAACAAAUUUGUCAGUACUUUACACCCCUCCUUUCAUGAUUUUUGUACUAUGUAUUUACAUUUUAAAAUUCUAGACUCUUCAUUGGUAAAAUAUCAAUAAUACUGUUUGAAUUUAAUUUUGGCUGCUUGUUACAGGUUGAAACUUUUAAAAAACACACAUUAAAAUUAUAAUUUCUCUGUAAAGAAUAUCAAAAGCUACAGAAGCACUAUUAAGGUCCUUUUAAAUUAUGCAAUUUCUUGAAAGGAAGUACAAUGUCUUCAUGCAUAAGGAAAGCCUUCAUGCAUAAGGAAAGCCUUUGGUGAAAUUCAGUGGGGGUCAUUUUAAUAUAGUCUAAACCACAACUAAAACUUUUGCCAAAAUGUAUAACUAGCUUGUAAUUUCUUACUACACAAUGUAAGGAACAAAACCAGUUUCUACAUGAAGAUGACUUGGAAGGUCAAAAGGAUCCUUCUUAAUUUAGACCUAGAUUUCAUCAUUCAUGCUAAUUAGCAAAUCUCAGAUUUACAUUGUUUCACACAAUUGUACCGGUUUGACUGGGACAUUCAGUUCCCAGAAACUGUCAGCACAACUAACUAUAUUGUAUCAUCUGCUUUACAAUGCAAGGUUCUUAAUUAAAAGUUUAUAUAGAUAGACAUACUGGUUGUUUCUUUGCAUUUCAAGAGAUCUUGAUAUUAGCAUUAUUUGAUACUGAUGAUGUUGGGAUUUUUUUAAAGUUACCUUUUAUCAUUUUCUUUCCUACUGAGUAGACCAGGACCGUGAUUUGUCCAUUUUAUGAUUGAAAAAAUAAAUUAUAAUUAAAUAAACAUAUUAAUGGUACUCCAGAUGCAAUAAUUGUCAUUUGAGUUUGAUAGGAAUUUAUGGGAUUUUGGAUGUCUGUUGGAAGGGGGAGAGGGGAAACAUUUCAUUUACAGAAAUAUCAUCCUUGUGAAAAAUUUUAUCAUCAUGGGACCUAUAAAUUAAUCCUUGAUAAUUAAACUUAACCAUUCUAAAGGA